AAAUUAUUUCGUAUUCUAAAAGGAUUAACCGCAAAACCCUAUCAAAAGAAUAAACCCUGCGUCCGCGAAUGAUUUGGAGGUCUGAGACAUUACGAAUAUGUCGAAUCAGGCUACUCCAUUGAUUGCGGGACUUGCGGUAGCUGCUGCAGCUUAUGCUGGUAGAUAUGGUAUCCAGGUGUGGCAGGCGUUCAAGGCAAGACCACCAACUGCUAGAAUGAGAAAAUUUUAUGAAGGUGGAUUUCAGUCUGUUAUGACGAGAAGAGAAGCAGCUUUAAUACUCGGAGUCAGAGAAAGUACUCCAACAGAUAAGGUCAAAGAAGCACAUAGGAGGGUGAUGGUUGCGAACCAUCCAGAUGCAGGUGGCAGCCAUUACCUUGCAUCUAAAAUUAAUGAAGCAAAAGAGGUGAUGCUUAGGCGAACGAAGGGCAGCAGUUCUGCAUUUUAAUGGGGUUGUCUCUGAAGUAUCAUUAUCUAGCAGCUCAGGGUGUGAGUUCCAAAAGUUAAAUUUUGGCGGUGAACAUUGUCAACAACUUUCAAGAUCAUCCUCCUACUAUUCUUGCCGAGUGAUUCUUUUAAACCCAAAACUGUAUGAUGUUUGGAAAAAUUUUGAUUUUUCUAUUAUUUAUCCGUUGUAAGGUGAGGGAAAUGUGUUGUAAAACGGCGUGGAUUGCUUCAGUAAGUGUAACAUCAUUCUAUUGAUAGCAACAAUUGUACUUGGUCUUUCA